AGAGGAAGGAGGAAACAUUUCCAGGUCGACGGUAAUCCAAGCAGAGGCUCUCAGGGCUACUCGAUUUUUUCCAGAAACAUCUGUAACUCGAGAGGACUUGCAAGAAUUUAAUCCAACACAAAUUGACGAGACAAGAUGACGACCACCAUCAGCACUCAGCGGGGACAGGUGUAUAUUGGUGAGCUUCCCCAGGACUUCCUGCGGAUCACUCCGACCCAGCAGCAGCAGCAGGUCCAGAUGGACGCUCAGGCAGCCCGGCAGCUGCAGUAUGGAGGCUCUAUGGGCACGGUGGGGCGACUCAGCAUCACUGUGGUCCAGGCCAAGCUGGCUAAAAACUACGGUAUGACCCGGAUGGACCCGUACUGUAGAGUCCGACUCGGCUAUGCAGUCUACGAGACACCAACUGCUCACAAUGGUGCCAAGAACCCGCGAUGGAACAAGGUGAUCCAGUGCACUGUGCCUCCAGGGGUGGACUCCUUCUACCUGGAGAUCUUUGAUGAGAGAGCGUUCUCCAUGGACGACAGGAUAGCAUGGACUCAUGUCACCAUCCCAGAGGGCCUGAGAGAUGGAAGCGUCGUGGAUGAGUGGUUCAGCCUCAGCGGCCGGCAGGGGGACGACAAGGAGGGCAUGAUCAACCUGGUCAUGUCUUUUGCUUCCUUACCAGCAGGAAUGAUGACUCAGCCUGUUGUCCUGAUGCCCUCUGUGUACCAGCAAGGAGUAGGAUAUGUGCCCAUUGCAGGAGUGCCUGCAGUCUACAACCAGGGUAUGGUACCCAUGGGAAUGCCAGCAGCCAUGCCAGCUGUUGGAGUCCAGGGACCAGUGUGCAGCGAGGAGGACCUGAAGGCCCUUCAGGACAUGUUCCCAAACCUCGAUAAGGAGGUGGUCCGCACUGUGCUGGACGCACAGCAGGGCAACAAGGACGCUGCCAUCAACUCUCUGCUGCAGAUGGCUGAGGAGCUCUAAACGCAGAACACAAGCUUGUAGCAGACACACUUAGUGACUCAUGCACAUGCACACACACACACACACACACACACACACACACACACACACACACACACACAAACAAAUGCACGUAUGGAGCUUGGUUGUCUCAGAUGACACACAGCUGUUUGUCAGACUGACACUGGACCCUGAAAGCAACAAAUGUGUUCACUCUUGGUGUUUAGAGGCUGUUAUCCAAGGCCCUGUUUCCACCUGGCAGUAACAUGUGUCCUGCUGGCCUUAUUAGUACAGAGGUCCAAAUGUGUUAGAAUCAUUCUCCACCUUCCCCACACGUACCACAUAUCAUUUUCAUGAUAUAUACAAUUUAAAAUGACAUCAAUUCAUUGGAGAAUAUAUGAUGCAGAGUCACAGUAGACAGUGAAUAUGGAUACAAAAAUCUGUUUGUUCAUGGUGUCUAAUGUUUCUUUAUAGUUGAGUGGGUUAUAAGUGAAGUGUACAGAUGACACUGCAGUCUCUGUUGGCUGAGAGGUUGAUAGAUCUGCAUUUAAACCAUGAAACAACUGUAUCCUCACUGGUCAUGCUUAAUAUGUUUCAUUGAGCAGAUAAUAUAUUAUUUAAAAGAAACAACCACAUGCCAAGAGUAACAUAAGGAAUAAUUCAACGUUAAAGGUGUGUUCAGACCAAAAGUGAAUUCAUUCUAUGUAUUAUGCAGAUUUGCAUAGUUUCUGUCGUUCAUGUACACUUAACACUUUGUUUUUUUUUUCAACUCAAUCUUGAAAUUAGUGUUAGCUAAGCUGUAUCUUCAAAGACUAUAAGCUCGGACGUUUUCCCUGACAUCCUACAUGACAGCUUUAGAAAUUGUCAAUCAAAACUCCAAUCAAAAACAGAAAAACAUCCUAAAGGUUGUUUGCUCCUCUCAUUUGCAGGCAGAACUAAAAAGCUGGAAUUUCUUUCUUUAGAAAUCUGCGUCAUGAUGUAGUUAUGUUGGCAUUCUUUUAACCUGUUAAUUGUAAUGAAAUCACAUUAUUUUGGGUUCAUUUCAGCCGACCUGAGACUUGUUGAUACAUUGAAACUGUCACUCAGUGGAAACAAAUAGACGGGCCGUCUACAGGAAAAACAGAACGCUGGUAGUUGGUGUCUCUCAGAGAAAUCUUGGUACUGAUCCUGACUAACAGGAAACUGGAAACGGGUCGGCCCCAAGUAGCUGGAAGCAGCAGGAAAGUGCAUCCAGACACAGGAGGAGGGAAACUCUAGGGCAGAACACACAUUGUUUGGUUAAAUAUAUAGAGUGGGGUUGUGUUGAAACAAUCAAAUAUUCACAAAUGAUUCCAAAUUUGCUUCCCUUUGGUCUGAACCAGCCAGAAAUAGACGACAAUGGUUCAUUCACUGACAAUGGUUGUCAUGGUUACGGGGACUAAGCAGUCUUAUAAUGCGGCUCUGGACAAAAUGUAUGUAAACAUGUUGCAUUCUUUCAAUGUGCCCUUAAUGUGUCUUGGGUGUGUUUAAACUCCUCCUUAAAUCUGUCUUAUGAUGAACAGGUGUAAACGGGGCCUAGGCUAAAAAAUAUUGCAGAUGUUUGUGAAAAAUUCUUUUGUCUUGGCAAAAUCACUAACAUUGUUAUCAGCAACAUAUUGAGUUUGCAAGAGUGUCACUUCUGGGUUCUGUAAAUGUUACCUGACCAAAUCAUAUAGGAUUCCACAUGAUCCUUCACUGUUUCCAUAGCAACCUUACCUAAAGUCAGGAUUUGAUUGUCACUGGAUGAGUCAUGUUCAUUCCAUGUUCUUUUCACCUGGAUGUUGUUUUUAAUAAUAUGUGGAGUUCCUGCAGUGAGCUGCUCACCAGCUGCACAAUGUUUUGUGAUCUUACAUCAGAUCAAUUUAAAUGGAUGCACUAAAUAAUUUAGAAUGAUUUAAUUUGACA